AUGGCUCCUGGUAGUGAAGUGAAUGAUAAUAAUGUAUCGAAACAUACAUCUCAAAAAGUGAAAAAAUGUCAAACUAACAGCAAUGCGAAUGAAAAAAGUGGCAGCGAAAAUGUUAACAAAGUUGAUAAAACGGAGAACAAGCAACUGUCAAAAAUGAAAAAGGAGAUAGGUGUUAAAGCCGCGGAUUGUAGCAACGGUCACACAAGUACGCCUAACGGGCGUGCUGAUGACGAAGGCGGCGGCGGCGUCAUCUGUGCGCCGUCGCCACCGCGCGUAUCAUAUGCGGCUGCCGCACGCAAGGCUCCUUCGCCACAAACUAAUAACACGCCACCGCAUUUUACACCAAAUGCCGAAACCCAGAAACCUAAAAUGAAUACCGAAAAAAGGCACCAAGUUAAACCUAACGGAGCUGUAGCAAAAAUAAACGGAGAAAAGACGAUGCCUAAAGCAGAUGAUAGAAAGCAAGAUAAAACAUGUACCAAAGAACCGAUUUUAAAUGGAACCGCAACACCUAGUGAAAAUAUUGUAAAUGGUGAUCCAAAAAAAGAUUCAGAUUGUGAUAUUAGUAGUAGUGAUAGUGCUAAAAUAAUUACUAACGGGGUCAAUAGUGAUUCCGACGAUUCAAAAUCUAACAAGUCAGAUGAGGGGAGUGGUGUAAUUUUACUGAAAUCUACUCCUGUGAAAGUAGCUGAAGAAAAACAGGCAAAUGAAAAGAAGAAAAAGAGCAGUAAAAUUGCUGCUACAGCAAAAAUUGUGGACUCUGAUGAGAAAAAAAAAUCUGUUAGUAACCAAAGCUCUGAAAAUGUAGAAGGGGGAAAUAAAACUAAAAUCACUAAAAGUGAUUGCGAAAAGGUUAAUGGUGAAAGCAAUGAAAUUGUUAAUGGAGACAAGGACAGAGAGUCUUCACCUAGCGAGGAUGGUGACGACAAAAAGAGAGAUGCAGAAGUGGUUUUUAUUCAAGACAUGGGUUUUACUGUUAAGAUAGUUAGUCCGGGAGCGGACCCAUUGGAUAUUCAGGUUUCCAGUAUGGAGUUGGUUCAAGAAAUUCAUCAGGUGCUAAUGGAUCGUGAAGAUACAUGCCAUAGAACAUGCUUUUCAUUACAGUUAGACGGUGUUACACUCGACAAUUUUGCUGAACUAAAAAAUAUAGAAGGUCUCAAAGAAGGAUCAGUUAUUAAAGUGGUUGAGGAACCCUACACAAUGCGUGAGGCACGCAUACAUGUUCGUCAUGUGCGUGAUCUGCUCAAAUCCAUUGACUAUGUUGAUGCCUAUGCUGGUCAAGAAUGCAGCUCUUUGGCUUUUCUAAACAUAAUCACCCAAGGCGAUAUACUUGAAAAGAAGAAAUCACGUCCAGAAAGUGUAGACUGCACACCUCCUGACUACAUAAUGCCGGGCAGCACAGAGCGACCUUUAUUGCCUCUUCAUCCAGGUCUCACUAAGGAAAAUAAGGCACCUCAGUGUCUUAAGGUUCUAACGACGUCAGGCUGGAACCCUCCACCCGGGCCUCGUAAGAUGUGUGGCGAUCUACUCUACUUAUACGUCGUGACACUAGAAGACCGUCAUUUCCACAUCACAGCGUGCCCACGAGGAUUCUAUCUUAACCAGUCUACCGAGGAAGUUUUCAAUCCACGUCCAUCGAACCCGUCCCUCUUAUGUCAUUCUUUAAUAGAGCUACUGAGCAUUGUAUCUCCGGCCUUUAAAAGAAAUUUUGCCUUAGUUCAAAAGAGACGCAUGCAGAAACAUCCGUUCGAGAGAGUAGCAACCCCAUACCAAGUAUACCAGUGGGCUUCGCCAAUGCUCGAUCACACCGUGGAUGCAAUACGAGCUGAGGACACGUUCUCGUCGAAGCUGGGCUACGAGGAGCACAUCCCGGGGCAGACGCGCGACUGGAACGAGGAGCUGCAGACGACGCGCGAGCUGCCGCGCGCCACGCUGCCCGAGCGUCUGUUGAGGGAACGCGCCAUAUUCAAGGUACACAGCGAUUUCGUGGCAGCGGCGACGCGCGGCGCCAUGGCGGUUGUGGAUGGCAACGUGAUGGCCAUCAACCCCGGAGAGGAGCCCAAAAUGCAGAUGUUCAUCUGGAACAACAUCUUCUUCUCGCUCGGCUUCGAUGUUCGCGACCAUUACAAGGAUUUGGGCGGUGAUGCAGCUGCCUUCGUUGCACCGCGUAACGACCUGCAAGGCGUGCGCGUGUACAGCGCGGUGGACACGCCGGGGCUGCACACGCUGGGCACCGUGGUGGUGGACUACCGUGGCUACCGUGUCACCGCGCAGUCCAUCAUCCCCGGCAUCCUCGAGAAGGAGCAAGAGCAGAGUGUUGUCUACGGCAGCAUCGACUUCGGCACCACCGUACUCUCUCACCCCAAAUAUAUGGAGCUGCUAAGUAAAGCCGGCCAGCAACUUAAAAUAAUGCCACAUUCAGUUAUCAGCGCAAAUGGGGAAACUGUAGAAUUAUGUUCAAGUGUGGAGUGCAAAGGAAUUAUCGGCAAUGACGGCCGCCAUUACAUCUUGGACCUUCUACGCACUUUCCCGCCUGAUGUCAACUUUUUACAGUUGGAAGACGAUGAGCUUCGAGAAGAUAUUAAAUCCAUGGGCUUCCCUAUAAUACACAAACACAAACUUUGUUGCCUUAGACAAGAGUUAGUUGAUAGUUUUGUAGAAGCACGUUAUUUCAUGUUUAUACGAUACGCUGCGUUCCAUUUACAACAGUUAAGUGUGAAACGACAGCGUGAGACUUCCGAACAAAAGUCGAUUGAAUCUAGUAAGGAUAGUGACAAAAAGGAAUUUGCCAAAGAGACUGAAACAAAAGACAAAAAGAGAGACUCGAAGAGUCAAGAGAAAGAAAUUACAGAUAAGAAACAAAAGAAGGAGAUGAAAAAGAAAGAAGAAAAAACUGAGGCCAAAAAGGAAGACAGUAAUAAAAAAGUGGCUGAGAAAAAGGAUACUAAAGUUGAAUCAAACAUAUCAAAGGAAUGCGAUAAAGAAAAAGAGGAAGAGUUGUUGUUGAAUGAAAAUUACUCAGAUAUUGACACUGAUGUUGCUAAGAAAAUUGUUGAGAGCAUAACAGACUCUAUUUGCAGCGGUGACAAACAUGAAGCUGACGACACGAAUGACCGUUCCCGCGCCGUGGUAGCGUCAGCGGCGCGCGCCGUGGAGUCGCUGAAGGAGUCCGAGUUCGACGUGCGCUUCAACCCGGACGUGUACUCGGCCGGCAUCCGGCACGCCGCCACGCCCGAACAGCUGGCACGACAGCGACAUCUCGUAAAGGAGGCCGCCGCCUUCCUUCUCACUACGCAGAUACCAGCAUUUGUGCGCGAGUGCCUGGAGCACAGCGCGGCGCCGAUGGACGGCGCGGGGCUGUCGGAGGCGCUGCACGCGCGCGGCAUCAACGUGCGCUACCUGGGCCGCGUAGCGCUGGCGCUGCGCCCGCACGCCUCGCUCGCCUACCUGCACGCCAUCGCCGUCGCCGAGCUGCUGCUGCGCGCCGCCAAGCACGUCUACACCGCCUACCUGCAGGGGUGCGAGGCGAUGUGCACGGGCGCGGCGGCGGCGCACUUCCUGAGCUGCCUGCUGGGCGGGUGCGCGGCGCCGGCGGCGGCGGCGGGCGAGUGCCCGGCGCGAGCGACGCGCCCGCGCGGCCGCCGCCACCGCCGCCACGCGCGCGCCGCAUCCCCCGCGCCCGCGGCCGCGCACACCUCCGCGCCAGCCGCCGACUGGCACCUUCUCACGCCCAAGGCGCUCUUCACACAGAUCAAGCAAGAGCUCAAGUCAUACUGGGGAUACGAACUAAACGCUGAAAAUAUGGAUGUUGUCAUAGAGAAACAUGGUCUACAGAAAAUUUCUUUAUUGAGGUCUUUCGCGCUCAAAGUGGGUUUGCAGAUUUUAUUGCGGGAGUACGACUUCGACAAUAAGAACAAAGCGGCAUUCACGCCAUCGGACAUUAUGAACAUAUUUCCUGUUGUCAAACAUAUCAAUCCAAGGGCGUCAGACGCGUACAACUUCUACACGACGGGGCAGAACAAGAUCCAGAGCGGCGCGGUGUCGGAGGGGCACGAGCUGAUCGCGGAGGCGCUGAACCUGCUCAACAACGUGUACGGCGCGAUGCACGGCGAGAUCGCGCAGUGCCUGCGCAUGGUGGCGCGCCUGUGCUACGUCACCGGCGACCACCGCGACGCCAUGGCCUACCAGCAGAAGGCCGUGCUCAUGUCCGAGCGCGUCAACGGCAUCGACCACCCCUACACCAUCACCGAAUACUCGCACUUGGCAUUAUACUGCUUCGCGAACGGGCAAGUGAGCACAGCUCUAAAGUUACUGUACCGAGCGCGCUAUCUCGCGCUCAUAGUCUGCGGGGAAAAUCAUCCGGAGAUGGCACUGCUUGAUAGCAACAUUGCGCUGAUCCUGCACGCGGUGGGCGAGUACGAGCUGUCGCUGCGGUUCGCGGAGCGCGCGCUGAGCGUGACGAGCGCGUCGCACGGCGCGCGCUCGCUGAAGGCGGCCGUUGCGCGCCACCUGCUCGCGCGCACGCUCUCCUGCCUCGGCGACUUCCGCGCCGCGCUGCAGCACGAGAAGGAGACCUACUCCAUAUAUAAGCAGCUGCUGGGUGAGAAGCACGAGAAGACGCGCGAGUCGUCGGAGUGCCUGCGGCAUCUGACGCAGCAGGCGGUGGUGCUGCAAAAGCGGCUGGCCGACGCGUACGCGCGCGCGCAACCUGCGCACGGCGCACCGCACGCGCAACCCGCGCCCCCGCCCGCCCCGCCGCUGCACAUCCAGCCGCCCGCCAUGGCCUCCGUCAUCGACAUGCUCAACCUCAUCAACGGAAUCCUCUUUGUGCAGAUCAGUCCUCAAGAUAUUGAGCAAUUCAAAGCCGAGAUAGAAAAAAGGCAAUUAAAGGAUUUGCCGAUCCCGGGCGUGGUGAACCAAGUUAGCAGUAAAACUGCUGAAAAACCUGAGGAAAAAACAAACGACGAGGGUCGGGGUUCGCAACAAAAGGAUACAGUGAAGUUGAAAAACGAGAGUUGA